GCCAAAAUGGAGGAGACACCAGAUAGUAUGCAAGCCAAGCUUGCCCAUGUAAGAAGUCUAGAGAAAUCAGUGUUGGAAAAGAGCAAGAGGGAAGAUUAUAAGAGAUCAAAAAGUCUUCAUUUUAAUAUGCACUCAGAAGAAAUUCAUGCUAGUCUGUUGAACUCCGAUGUUGAAUUUUAUUUUACAGAUAUCGCAUUUUUUCUUUAUUUCGACGAUUUGCGUUAUAUGAAAUUUGCAAAGAAACUAAGACAUCUUGCAUUUUUUGAUAUAAACAAUAUUGUUUGAUGUGACAUUUUGGAUAAAAAUAAACAUAUAUACAGUUUUUUAAAUUCUUCAUUUCCACAUAAGGUAAAUAGUUUUUGGAUAAGUUCAAAAUAUACAGUAAAACUAGAUCCUUCCUAUUAUUUUGAUUGAAUUAUGAGAAAUAGUUCAAGUAUCAUUCAGUCUGUGGGAUUUGCUGGCUUCUGAUUUAAUGACCAGCAAUUAAAAAGACUGAUCACCUCUUUUAAACAUGUCAGAUUGUUAUCCCUUCAAAAUUGCAAUUUAUGUGUUCUUGUUGUUCAUGAUUUCUCAAAAUCACUUAAAAAUGCCAAGAUUAAGAAAAUAACACUACUUUGGUCAGGCCAAACCAAUGCGAGUGAUUGGAAAAACAAUCUGGAUGGAUUUAAGAAUCUAAUAAAAAGCCUUGCUACAUCUCAAGACCUCAAGCUCACUUUGAAGGAAAUAAACAUGAGAUAUUGCAGCAUUGGCCAAGAGAAAGCCUUAAAAAUUCUCAAAGAGAACGGAUUGAGUCAUAUAAAAGUUCUAAUUUAG